AUGUCAAUUGAAACAGUUCCAACUGAUUUGCGCAACCUCCGUGCUUGUUUAGUCUGUUCACUUGUAAAAACUCUUCAUCAAUUUGAAAUGGAUGGGUGUGAUAAUUGUGACAGAUUUUUGGGAAUAAAAGGAGAUAUUGAAAAAUGUGUUGAAUGUACAAGUGCCAAUUUUGAUGGAAUGAUUGCCGUUUGUGACCAUAACGAUUCUUGGGUUAGCAAGUGGCAGAAAAUUAACAAAAAGUGUCCAGGAGUGUACGCAAUUUCUGUAUCUGGUACCCUCCCAAAGAUAGUCGUUCAAGAAUUGAAGCAGCUUGGAAUUAAAUACAAAACUGGGCAACGAGAUAAGUCGAUUAAAUAA